AUGAAUGAACCUCAAAUUUAUCUUUUGGUCUAUGUUGAUGACAUAGUCAUCACUUCAUCCAAGCAAUCUGCAAUUGAUACUCUUAUUCACGGCUUGGGACUUGCUUCUCCAGUUAAAGACCUUGGUUUUCUUUCAUUUUUCCUUGGCUUAGAAGUUGAUUACACAGAUGGUGGUGUAUUGCAGUCAAAACCAAUGUUGUCUCCAAUGGAAGCUUCUCUCAAAUUGUCUAAGUUUGAUUCUCCUGCCUUUGCCACUGAGACUGGUGCCCCUGUUGCCAAGACUUAG